AAUGGAUAUCAAAUGUUACGGCGGACUGUACCGAUGAAAUGUUUAUGCCAUUGACACCACCGCCAUCUAGACACGAUGAAGAAAGUGACGCGACAUCAAUAUCGGAUAGUUCCAUAAUUAGAUCUGCUAUUACCAAACGUAAUUGUGCUAUCGAUCAAGCUAAAGAAGAUGCUGACAUUGUUAUCACAGAUGUUCUCGGUCCAAAUACAAAUUGUGAUGAUAACUCUGAUGCGAUGUCCGUAUCCACGGUCAUAUCAAGUAGUCACAGUUUUAGAGACGCGCAUUGUUAUCAUAAUAAUUCAACUACUAGCAUCCCUUCUUCUAACGGAGCAAUCAUAGAACGGAGACAGGACAAUGAUCCGUAUUUGCAUAAGCAUCUUUAUGACUUCAAUUGCACACUCUCACCAGAAGCUAGACAGAUGAAUCCUUUAUACAACUUUAAUCAUCUGUCACCACAAGGAGCAAUGCGAACUGACACGGCUUAUUACGACUUUAAUCAUCAGAUUCCGCAAGUUAAUAAUCCACCUUUAUCAGAGUCCAUACGAACAAACUGUGUUACGUACAUUCUACCUACUAGCGUUAAGACCACUAUUUUUCUUGGGGGAUCA